GGACCGUGGGGGCCGGCAGCUGGAGACACGGCGCGAGGCACCGGGCGGCGACAUGCGGGAGAUCGUGCAUCUGCAGGCGGGCCAAUGUGGCAACCAGAUCGGUUCUAAGUUCUGGGAGAUCAUCUCUGACGAGCACGGCAUCGACCCGACGGGAACGUACCAUGGCGACUCGGACCUGCAGCUCGAGCGCAUCAACGUCUACUACAACGAGGCCAGCGGCGGCAAGUACGUGCCGCGCGCCGUGCUGAUCGAUCUGGAGCCGGGCACCAUCGACUCCGUGAGGUCCGGUCCCUUCGGGCAGCUCUUCAGACCCGACAACUUCGUCUUCGGCCAGUCCGGGGCGGGCAACAACUGGGCCAAGGGCCACUACACGGAGGGCGCCGAGUUGGUGGACAGCGUCCUCGAUGUCGUUCGCAAGGAGUCGGAGGGCUGCGACUGCUUGCAGGGCUUCCAGCUAACUCACUCGCUGGGCGGCGGCACCGGCUCCGGCAUGGGCACGCUCCUCAUCUCCAAAAUCCGCGAAGAAUACCCGGAUCGGAUCAUGAACACGUACUCUGUUGUACCAUCGCCCAAAGUGUCCGACACCGUCGUGGAGCCGUACAACGCCACUCUCUCCGUCCACCAGCUGGUGGAGAACACCGACGAGACGUUCUGCAUCGAUAAUGAAGCGCUGUAUGACAUCUGCUUCCGUACGCUAAAGCUCGCCAAUCCCACCUACGGCGACCUGAACCACCUGGUCUCCCUCUGUAUGUCCGGCGUGACCACCUGCCUUCGCUUCCCUGGUCAGUUGAACGCCGACCUCAGGAAGCUAGCCGUCAACAUGGUGCCCUUCCCCCGUCUGCACUUCUUCAUGCCCGGCUUCGCGCCUCUGACGUCCCGCGGAAGCCAGCAGUACCGGGCUCUCACUGUGCCUGAGCUCACCCAGCAGAUGUUCGACGCCAAGAACAUGAUGGCCGCCUGCGACCCGCGCCACGGACGAUACCUCACCGUGGCCGCCAUCUUCAGAGGACGCAUGUCCAUGAAGGAAGUGGACGAACAGAUGACCAACAUUCAGGACAAAAACAGUAGCUACUUCGUGGAGUGGAUCCCCAACAACGUCAAAGUGGCGGUAUGUGAUAUUCCACCCCGUGGUCUGAAGAUGUCUGCCACCUUUAUCGGAAACAGCACCGCCAUCCAGGAGCUGUUCAAGCGUAUUUCGGAGCAGUUCACUGCCAUGUUCCGGCGCAAGGCCUUCCUCCACUGGUACACAGGCGAGGGCAUGGACGAGAUGGAGUUCACAGAGGCAGAAAGUAAUAUGAACGACCUUGUCUCCGAGUACCAACAAUACCAGGAGGCCACUGCCGAUGACGAGGGGGAGUUUGAUGAAGAGGAAGCUGAAGAGGAGGAAGCUUAAACUGUUCGCCCGCUUGCGUUCGGUCUUUUCUUGUCUCCAUGGCGCUUACUGCUCCAAGCGCGACGUUCUCAGUUUGGCUAAGCAGUCACGUGGCGCAGACUGUUUUGCGUUGCUUGUUCAACUUUCAUAUUAUCCCACAUGACUGAACUGCCGGAUCAGAUCUCCUAGGUCCAGAGCUCGACCCGACGUGAUGUGCUGUGCGUUUGGCCGUGCGGGAGUGGCGUUUAUAAGUGAUGUUGGAUCUAUCCAAGUCGCUCUGUGCCAUCACCGCUCGAGUCGUGUCAUCGCCCUGGACCAUGUCAGAUUAGCCCCGCCAGCUCGGACGCGACGUGAUGCAGCGGCUCGGCCGUCCUCGACGUGAUUCAUUUAGACCACGUCAGCGCUUUCUGAGUUUGCCAUUGUGGCACUAACUACCCAUUGGUUUCUAAGGACGUAAUGACAGCGUACAGUUGCACUGGUUGCUAUUGUUUUGGGGCGUGCAGGCUGCAUUCUCGCACGGUUUUGUAAAGCGCAUAAUGCUGCUGGAAAUGAAUACAGAUUAUUGGUUUGGA